AAACCCUCGCUUCGCCCCCAACGUUUGCUCACCCAGACCAAGAUGCUCCGCCGCGCCGCCCCUACGUCGGCUGCACUCUGCCGCCGCGCGCUCUCUACCACGCCAUCCUCUUCCCGCACCGCGGCGGAAACCGCGGCGGUCUCCUCUGAGUUGAACUCCGUCCUCCUCCGCUCGCUCAAGGAGCACUACCUCGAGGUCUGCAAGAUGACGCCGCCGCCCAAGGUCAGCCCGCCCAAGCCCUUCACCAUCGUCAAAGGCGCCCUGGACCAGCCGUCGGGCCCCGUGCUGCGCCGCGAAUACGGCGAAGACGGAGAGGAGAUCUCCAUCUCCGUCGCCAGGCUCGCCAACAUCCUGCCCGCCGGCGCCGACUCUGACUCGGACGGUACCGGCGAGGGCGGUGGUAUGAGCGCGUCCAUCAGCCAGCUCCUCCUCCACGUCGACAUCUCCAAGCCCGGGAUAGGAAAGUCGAUGCAGUUCCUUUGCGGGCUGUACCCGGACGCUCUUGGGAUCCAUUCGGUCUGCCUCCGAUCGAAGAACGCCGACCCGUUUGAUGGGGAUAUGACUUCGAAGGGAGAGUACCGAGGGCGUAUUUUCCAAGAGUUGGAUGAAAAGGUUCGUGAUGCACUUCAUCUUUACAUUGAAGCCCGCGGCAUAAAUGAGAAGCUCUUCCGUUUUCUCCAAGCUUGGCUUUAUGUAAAGGAUCACCGCAAUCUUGUACGCUGGUUCAAGAGCGUUGGUUCAUUCAUCAGUGACCAAAGCCAAAGCAAGAUGUCAAGAACCCCGCGCUGAAGAUGAUCAUCUGAAAGGCGGUCGUGGAGCAGUUUUCUCCAGGAUGGAUAAUUGUCCUAGGAUAAAGUGAAUUAUAUGCAAAGUCGCGCCAGCGAGGAGUUUUGGUUUAUCUUUAGUUUUUAUUCGCCGGGGAAUCAGUGGUCUGGUGGUUGAAUUAGUUAUCAUUAGUCCUUGUGAUCUGCUACCCUAUCAUGCUGAGGUGCUUGUCAGAUUCUCAAUUAUUCAAACUCCACAUUUUCCAUCG